AUGCCCCGACACCCGAUGUCCUUCGCGGCUAAGAACAUGUUCUUUGACGAGCGCUGGAUGGAGAAGCAGGAGCGCGGCUUCACCUGGUGGAUCAACGACCUGCUCACGCCGGAGGCCUUCAAGGUGCAGCCCGCCGCCGCCAAAGUGAGUGCAGCGGCCGUGGUGCUGGGUGGUGGGAGCAGGGCUCUAACCCGAGCUCCAACCCGUGAGGAGAUGUCGUUCCGCACGUACACGGCGCGCAGGCGGCUGAACCGACUGCGGCGUGCGGCCUGCGACCUGUUCUCCUCCAACGCUCUGGUCAAAGCCAUCCACCGACUGGAGCUGGAGGUGGAGGCUCGGCGGCUGCUGGUGCGGCCGGACCGCCACCUGUGGAAGGACAUCGGUGAACGACAGAAGGUCCUGAACUGGCUCCUGUCCUACAACCCACUGUGGCUACGGAUCGGACUGGAGACUGUGUUUGGAGAGCUGAUCUCUCUGGAGGAUAAUGGAGACACCCUGGGCCUGGCCUGGUUCAUUCUGCAGCGUCUGCUCUGGAACCCGGACAUUGCUGCUGAGUUCAAGCACAACUCAGUCCCACAUCUGUACAGAGACGGCCAUGAGGAGGCGCUGUCUCGCUUCACUCUGAAGAAGCUGCUGCUGUUGGUGUGUUUCCUGGACAUCGCCAAAACCUCACGCAUCAUAGAACACGACCCCUGUCUCUUCUGUUUGGACGCAGAGUUUAAGUCGAGUAAGGAGCUGCUGCUGGCCUUCUCUCGGGACUUCCUGAGUGGGGAGGGCAUCCUGCCCAGACACCUGUCCCUCCUCGGGCUCUCGGUGUCCCACGAACAGAAGCCUCUGGACGAGUUCAGUUUCGCCGUGCAGAAUCUGGCGGUCGACCUCAAGUGCGGCGUGCGCCUCGUACGCCAUGUUGGCGUUACUCAGACGCCAUGUUGGCGUUACUCAGACGCCAUGUUGGCGUUACUCAGACGCCAUGUUGGCGUUACUCAGACGCCAUGUUGGCGUUACUCAGACACCAUGUUAGCGUUACUCAGACACCAUGUUGGCGUUACUCAGACGCCAUGUUGGCGUUACUCAGACGCCAUGUUGGCGUUACUCAGACACCAUGUUGGCGUUACUCAGACGCCAUGUUGGCGUUACUCAGACGCCAUGUUGGCGUUACUCAGACGCCAUGUUGGCGUUACUCAGACGCCAUGUUGGUGUUACUCAGCUGCGUGGCGGCGCUGGUCUGGUUUCAUUUGGUCUCAACUCUCUCCCCUCAGCCGCGUGGUGGAGCUGCUGGUCCAGGACUGGAGUCUUUCUCAGAAGCUCCGCCUCCCGGCCAUUAGCCGCUUGCAGAAGGUUCACAACGUGGACCUGAGUCUGCAGCUGCUGAAGAAGAAAGGCCUGGACCUGAAGGACGACCACGGUUCUGUGAUCGAGUCCCGGGACAUCGUAGACGGACACAGAGAGAAGACUCUUGCACUCCUCUGGAAAAUCAUCUUCACUUUUCAUGUGGAGGUGGUGCUGGACGAGCUGCAGCUGAAGGAGGAGAUCUGCUUCUUGAGGAGAACUCUGAAAACCAAACGGCGUCUGGAGGAUCUGAGGACCGACCGCGGCCUCCAGCCCAGUCCCAGUCCAGGUCCAGAGAAAGACCAUAGAGGCUUUGACCACAGCAGCCCCAAGAUCCAGCUGCUCAUGGCCUGGGCCAGGGCCGUGUGCAACUUCUACUCCGUCAAGGUGGAGAACUUGACGGUGUCCUUCUCAGACGGGCGCGUCUUGUGCUUCCUGAUCCACCAUUACCACCCCGGCCUGGUGCCCGCGGCCUCCAUCUGCCUGAAGACCAGCCAGACCCAGGACCGGUCUGCCCGAGGGCGGCUGCAGCUGGACGGGGAGAGCUCCGACUCGGACACCUCCUUCACCUCCUUCACCUCCUCCACCUCCUCCACCUCCACCCCCUGCAGCUCCAGUGGUUCUUCGUUCAAAGAGCUGCUGGAGAACGAGAAGCAGAACUUCUGUUUGGUGAACAGCGCCGUGAGUUUCCUUGGAGGAGUUCCUGCGAUGAUCGACGCCACCGACAUGUCCAACACCAUCCCCAACGAGAAGCGUCCUGGCAUGCCGUCUGGAGCGAGGAUGCCCCACCAGGGAGCGCCCAUGGGUCCCCCUGGCCCCCCGUACGGUAGCAGCCCGGCGGUGCGACCCGGCCUGCCUUCCCCCGUGAUGGAGCCCAGCAGGAAGAGGCCCGCCCCGUCCCAGCAGGUCCAGCAGCAGCAGACGCAGCAGCAGGCCGUGCAAAACCGAGCCAGAAAUGCUAAGAGAAGGAAAAUGGCAGACAAGAUUCUUCCGCAAAGGAUCCGUGAGCUGGUGCCAGAGUCCCAGGCCUACAUGGACCUUCUGGCCUUUGAGCGGAAACUGGACCAGACCAUCAUGCGCAAGCGGGUGGACAUACAGGAGGCGCUCAAGAGGCCCAUGAAGCAAAAGCGGAAACUCCGACUCUACAUUUCCAACACGUUCAACCCCGCCAGGCCCGACGCAGACGACUCCGACGGCAGCAUUGCAUCAUGGGAGCUGCGUGUGGAGGGGAAACUGCUGGACGAUCCUGGGAAGCAGAAGAAGAAGUUUUCCUCCUUCUUCAAGAGCCUGGUCAUCGAGCUGGACAAAGAGCUGUACGGUCCAGACAACCAUCUCGUGGAGUGGCACCGCACGCCCACCACGCAGGAGACGGACGGGUUCCAGGUGAAGAGGCCCGGAGACGUGAGCGUCCGCUGCACCCUGCUGCUCAUGCUGGACUACCAGCCGCCACAGUUCAAGCUGGACCCGCGUCUGGCCCGUCUGCUCGGCAUCCACACCCAGACCCGCUCCUGCAUCAUCCAGGCGCUGUGGCAGUACGUCAAGACCAACAAGCUCCAGGACUCCCACGACAAGGAGUACAUCAACUGUGACAAGUACUUCCAACAGAUUUUUGAUUGUCCGCGUCUGAAGUUUUCUGAAAUCCCGCAGCGUCUGACGAACCUGUUGUUGCCUCCAGACCCCAUCGUCAUCAACCACGUCAUCAGAGAGCAUCAGACUUCUCAGGCAAAUUUGAUAGUGACCGCUGUUGACCCCAAUGACCAGAAGAAGACGGCCUGUUAUGACAUCGACGUGGAGGUGGAGGACCCUCUGAAGAGCCAGAUGAGCAGCUUCCUCUUGUCCACAGCCAACCAGCAAGAGAUCGCCUCCCUCGACAACAAGAUUCAUGAGACCAUUGAGUCCAUCAACCAGCUGAAAAUCCAGAGAGAUUUCAUGCUGAGUUUCUCCAGAGAUCCCAAGGGCUACAUCCAAGACUGGCUCAAGUCCCAGAGCAGGGACCUUAAGCUGAUGACCGAUGUGGUGGGGAACCCUGAGGAGGAGCGCAGGGCCGAGUUCUACCACGAGCCCUGGUCCCAAGAAGCCGUCAGCCGCUAUUUCUACUGCAAGAUCCAGCAGCGGAGGCAGGAGUUGGAACAAGCCCUGGCGGUCCGCAACACCUAA